AUGAUGAGGCCCGUGAGUGGCUCCCUCUCGGGGAAGGUAGUUCUGCCGUGCCACUUCUCCACCAUACCCACUACCAUGCCCACCAUCAACGCCAAAGGCACCACCCCCAGCACCGACUACCUGCGCAUCAAAUGGACCAAAAUGGAUGGGGAAAAGGAAUUCACAGUGUUGGUGGCCCAAAACGGCAAGAUUAAAAUAGGCUCCAUCUACAGGAAUCGCGUGUCGGUGCCCAGCCACCCAGAGGAUGUGGGGGACUCUUCUCUGACCAUGGUGAAGCUCAGAGCCAGCGAUGCCGGCACCUACCGUUGCGAGGUCAUGUACGGCAUCGAGGACACGCAGGACACGGUCAACCUCAAUGUCAACGGUUGGUGUCAUCUGUUUUUAUUCUGUCUCUUUUCACCCCUGUUAUUUACACCUCUCUACAAUCUAUAAGAGGUCGAGUGAAGGUUAGCUUUAUAAUAGUAUGCCCAGUUCGGUCUUGUGGGCUAUGGAAAAACGGUUUUGGUUAUGAUGCUUAUAUUUGCCAUUAUGGUUUUGCUGAUACUUACUUAAUCCACACUCAAAACAUUUACAGUAAAACUUAUAGUCCGUUUCUCUGCUUCUUCCCUUAUGCUGACCCCAGUGUCUUCUCUAAUAAUAAGACAUCUUGUUUUAUCCCCUUGGUUGUGCAUAGCCUAGCCAACAAUAUGUAUUAAUCAUUAUAUCAUUGGUUUGAAGUGAGUACAUCUGUUAUUAGUUAAACCGUCUUUUCCCCUAAAUUUUGCAUCACAACAGUUUCUGAUUGUAAACAGUGGGUAGUGGGUAGGCUAAUUGAGUCUUCUCAUCAGGAAAACUACGUGAUCAGAUGAAAGACAAACACAUUAAGGUCAGUCAUGGAUAAGGUGUUACCAUACAAAGUUGAAUCUUGUUAUGUUUAUGGUCUAUGUUCCAAGUUGGAUAGAAGAGUUCCAGAGCUAUGGCUCUGAUUACCGCUGCGCUAUCAUGUAAGUGUGUAGCGAACCAUUCAAGGAAACUCACAAGAUCAAGCCUAUAUACCCCAUCUUUAUGUUGGGUGUUACCUUAUCUGGGAGACAUAGCUCAAAUUUGGGAUAUGUUGAAAACAGAUAUGGGUUGAUAUGGGAUAGCUUUGGCUUUCACAGAGACACAACCGCCCAUCGCUACAAUUAUAAUCAUAGCAUCCGUCAGUCUACUUACACAAAUAUGGGAAGUCAGGGCCAUGGCAUCGUCUAUAAAUCAUCCAGAGUUAUCUUGUGGUCAUUGCAGAGUAUUCUAGUAAUCUUCCGCUAAAUUGUAAUAUACUGUAUCAUCACAAGAAACAUAGACCCUGAUUUAUUUCACACGUGUGCUAUUAAGCCUUGUUCACACUGCAGGCCUUAAUGCUCAAAUCAGUUUUGUUUAUCAAAUCGGUUUGGGAAUAUUGACUGUACAAACGGGAAGUUACAAGUGGCCAAAUCUGAUUUGUGGGUGUUCAGACAGCAGUCAUUUGCUGACAUGGCUACACUAGUUGUCAUAGUAAUGACAGGUGUGUGGGCAGUGGUGCAGGCUGAUCUCGCAGAAGUUAUGUAGCAAGCUAAGGGGACAACUAUGCCUGUCAUGGACAGAAUCAGAUUUGUAUCUGACUUCAAACCAUCUACGAAGAUGGUUUGAAAUGUGGCUUGAAAUAUCCGAUUCCAUGUGCUUUUUGGCUGUUCAGACUGCAGGAAAAAGAACAGAUUCGAAUUGGAUAUGCAAAAAAACAUUUUUUGAGUCACUUCAAAUUGCCAAUGUGAGCAAGGCUUUAGACAUUACCCCUGAUUCAGUUUUACUAUUUUACUUUUUUACACAGGACCAAAUAUGUCUUUAUGUGUGUAUGUGUUUAUUCCCAGGUGUUGUGUUUCACUACCGGGCAAGUACCAGCAGGUACACUAUGAACUAUGAGAGUGCUGUCCAGGCCUGCCAAACCAUAGGAGCCUCCAUUGCCACGCCUGACCAGCUGAAAUCAGCCUAUGAGGACGGCUUUGACCACUGCGAUGCUGGCUGGAUCGCAGAUCUGUCAGUUAGGUAAGAAAAUGAAAUAAUCUCCAAAACUUUGCUAUUUUUAAAACAAGCCAUAGAAAGUUGGUUGCAAUUUCAGUUUAAUCCACCAGAAAAGAGAACAAAUAAUACAACAAAUAUUGUGGUUAAACUCAAAUAUACUAAUUGAUUAAAAAAACAUGAUUAUUUUGAAAAAAUGUUUUAAAAAGGUGUAAUCUUUGUAAAUGAUACCAUAAAUAGGACUGGUGGAGUUAUGUCACACAUGCAGCUAACACAAAUAUAUGGAAAUGUCUGCUCUACCCAAAAUUACAACCAACUAAUUGCAGCAUUACUGCAAAAAUGGAAGAGGCAAGUGGAAGGGGGAAAAAUUAAGGAACUUGUCUGUUGGCCCUGCAUUAAAGACCAACAUUGGUUAAAGAACAUUGUGAUUAAUUAAAAAGUAUACCAGUUUCAUUUAAGGACCAAAAAAUUGACAGCUGUGCCAUAUAGAUUGCAAAAUAGUUGGGAAGAGACCGAUUCCAUGGCACAUAGUUUAUGAACUGAUACGCAAAAUUCAAAACUUAGAAUUGUUCAAUUUAAAUUAUUAUACAAAAUUCUUGCAACCAAUAGAAUGUUAUACACUGCAAAAAAAAUUAAGGGAACACUUAAACAACACAAUGUAACUCCAAGUCAAUCACACUUCUGUGAAAUCAAACUGUCCACUUAGGAAGCAACACUGAUUGACAAUACAUUUCACAUGCUGUUGUGCAAAUGGAAUAGACAACAGGUGGAAAUUAUAGGCAAUUAGCAAGACACCCCCAAUAAAGGAGUGGUUCUGCAGGUGGUGACCACAGACCACUUCUCAGUUCCUAUGCUUCCUGGCUGAUGUUUUGGUCACUUUUGAAUGCUGACGGUGCUUUCACUCUAGUGGUAGCAUGAGAUGGAGUCUACAACCCACACAAGUGGCUCAGGUAGUGCAGCUCAUCCAGGAUGGCACAUCAAUGCGAGCUGUGGCAAGAAGGUUUGCUGUGUCUGUCAGCAUAGUGUCCAGAGCAUGGAGGCGCUACCAGGAGACAGGCCAGUACAUCAGGAGACGUGGAGGAGGCCGUAGGAGGGCAACAACCCAGCAGCAGGACCGCUACCUCCGCCUUUGUGCAAGGAGGAGCAGGAGGAGCACUGCCAGAGCCCUGCAAAAUGACCUCCAGCAGGCCACAAAUGUGCAUGUGUCUGCUCAAACGGUCAGAAACAGACUCCAUGAAGGUGGUAUGAGGGCCCGACGUCCACAGGUGGGGUGGCAUUUCUUUGGGGGGCCGCACAGCCCUCCAUGUGCUCGCCAGAGGUAGCCUGACUGCCAUUAGGUACCGAGAUGAGAUCCUCAGACCCCUUGUGAGACCAUAUGCUGGUGCGGUUGGCCCUGGGUUCCUCCUAAUGCAAGACAAUGCUAGACCUCAUUUGGCUGGAGUGUGUCAGCAGUUCCUGCAAGAGGAAGGCAUUGAUGCUAUGGACUGGCCCGCCCGUUCCCCAGACCUGAAUCCAAUUGAGCACAUCUGGGAUAUCAUGUCUCGCUCCAUGCUUUAGUCCAGGUCUGGGAGGAGAUCCCUCAGGAGACCAUCCGCCACCUCAUCAGGAGCAUGCCCAGGCGUUGUAGGGAGGUCAUACAGGCACGUGGAGGCCACACACACUAUUGAGCCUCAUUUGGACUUGUUUUAAGGACAUUACAUCAAAGUUGGAUCAGCCUGUAGUGUGGUUUUCCACUUUAAUUUUGAGUGUGACUCCAAAUCCAGACCUCCAUGGGUUGAUAAAUUUGAUUUCCAUUGAUAAUUUUUGUGUGAUUUUGUUGUCAGCACAUUCAACUAUGUAAAGAAAAAAGUAUUUAAUAAGAUUAUUUCAUUCAUUCAGAUCUAGGAUGUAUUGUUUAAGUGUUCCCUUUAUUUUUUUGAGCAGUGUAUAUUUGGGGGAUACAACCAUCCCAGCUCUGCAGAUUUUUUUUGCGAAGAAACCAAAUAAUUAGAUCAUUUGUUUUGGUACUGUCCAUAUGUAGCUUGUUUUUGGUCGCAGGUCCAGGAAUGGUUGAAGAAGUUACCUGGAGCUAACUCCACAGAUAGCACUACUGGGUGAUUUGAAUAGUCCUAGUCAAUCGAUCAAUGAUAUAAUAAUACUUUUAGCAAAAAUGUUUAUCUUUAAUUUACAAUCUGUAGAAACUAUGAGAAUAGAAAUCUUCAGAACUUUUGUGAAACAUCACAACACAGUUAAAAAUAUAUGGCAAAAUAGAAAACAAACUGGAUCGUCUUCAGAGAUAGAUGAGAGGGGUUGAUGGUAGCUGGAGGUUGGGAUUAAAAACAAACAAAAGAUAACUAUUGUAAAACACAUUGUGUCCGUAAAAUUGAUAUAGUAUAUAUAAGCUGGAAGUAGAAGCUUAAGUGUUGUUGUCUAUUAGUUUACUCCAAUUAGGGGAGGGGUGGUAGGGUUAGGGGAAAAUAGUAAAGGAAAAUAUAUUUAAUAUAUAUAUAUAUAUAUAUUUACAAACAAAAGUAUUAGGGAUUGGAAAUGAUGCAGAUAAUUACAAUUACAUCUAUCUGCAGUAUUAUUGCUGAUCUACCCCCCCAAAAAAAUAAGAAAAAAAGAAAGACCACCAUCAAUUAUAUGUUUGUGUCAAAGACAAAGUAGAAGUCAUUGGUUUAAUCAGAAAAGGACUGGCUCCCAGGCUACUGGUAACUGGUUUUGACCCACUCUGCCAUAGUUUUCAAUUGGUCUGAAUGUGAACUGCACAUAUACUGAGAUUGUUCAAGCCAGUGACAGUUCCAGCUGUAUUCUAACUCACCUGGGAGUCCCUUUUGUCUUUGUUAUAAUUUUAUGGUGUGAAGUAAUAGGUUGACUGACACAAUCACAUUUCUGUUUGCCGAUCAAUUACAUGAUCUUAUCUUUUCUUUGCAUGUUUAGAUACCCAAUCACUAGACCGAGACCUGGCUGCUAUGGCAACCUGCAGGGGAAGCCUGGAGUGAGGACAUAUGGACCCCGAAAGGCCACAGAGACCUAUGAUGUGUACUGUUAUGUGGACAAGCUGAAUGGUAAGAGAACAAAAUGUGGAAGGAAGUGGCCUAGUGAUACAUCCAAUGAAAACCUAUGCAGGAUGAGCACAUCCAAUGGAACCACGCACAGGUGUAGAGUACACUGAUGCUAGUUAGGGGAGAAGUGAGUUUCUACACACGCUGAGCCUACUGACAAAUUGAACCUCAGGUGCAGCAUGCCCAUCGCUCAUUUAUGAGCUCUAACAUCACUCCUCACGCCACUAAACCUAAGGCACAUUUUAGAAAAAAAAGUGCUAUCUAGAACCUAAAAGGGUUAUACGUCUGUCUCCAUAGAAUAAUCCUUUGUAGAAGCCUUUUUGGUACUAGGUAGAACCCUCUUUGGAAAAGGUUUCUAACUGGAACCAAAAAGGGUUCUCCUAUGGGGACAGCUGAAAAACCCUUCUGGAACCCUUUUUUUUCUAAGAGUGCAGGUGUGAGACUACAAUUAUUUGGGCUAUGCAACAUUUAGCCCACAUAUAUCCCCCCACCACAUCAGGAUGUGGGUCAUAUGGCUGGGGAGGUGUCAUUCUGCAAACACAAGCAUCUUUCUCGUGGUAGUAUUAGGUCAAAUCCUCUUGGAUCAGUCAGCGAGGAGUAAGAUAAUACCAUUGGCGUGUGUAACAGUGGUGUAUUAGUGUUAUUGUUAUCUUUAUGCAGUGUGACGGGGGCCAGCUGAGGAGCAGAUGUAG